AUGACGCCCGAAGUUCAUCCACGGUUGCGCAACCAACACAGUGCCCAAACUCAACUCAUCCACGGCAGCGCAACCAACACGGUGCCGGCGGGCUUUUAUUCCGCCGGCGCGAUUAAGCUGUCACUUUCUCAGCCCAAAUGGAAGCGGAUCGACGAUCCGCCAUCCAGAUUCGGUGAAACUCACUCGAUCGUGGCGACGGCGUGGCGAUCAAUCCAACACGGUAUCGGU